AUGAGAUUACUCAAGAUGAAGGCUGACCUUGUGUCAUCUGGCAUACUGUUGCUCGCAUCAUUGCCAAUUGCCGUCGCGGACUGCCCGCUUCCGUCGACUUAUAGUUGGACAUCAACUGGCGCUCUGGCGAAUCCCAAGUCUGGAUGGACCUCACUCAAGGACUUCACCGCGGUGGUUUUCAACAACAAACACCUUGUCUAUGCAUCAACCGGUGAUGCGGGUGGAAACUACGGUUCGAUGAACUUCGGCACCUUUUCAGAUUGGUCUGGCAUGGCAACCGCAAGUCAAACCGGAAUGGGCUUUUCAGCCGUUGCGCCAACUUUGUUCUAUUUCCAACCAAAGGAUGUUUGGGUCCUGGCCUAUCAAUGGGGCUCGAGCACGUUUACCUAUCGAACAUCAAGCGAUCCUACCAAUGCCAAUGGAUGGUCAUCCGAGCAAGCUCUUUUCUCGGGAAAGAUCACUGAGUCAAGUACUGGUGCCAUUGAUCAGACACUCAUCGGUGACUCUACGAAUAUGUACCUUUUCUUUGCGGGGGACAAUGGCAAGAUCUAUCGCACCAGCAUGCCCAUCGAUAAAUUCCCUGGAAAUUUCGGAACAAGUUCAGAGAUAAUACUGAGUGACACUCAGAACAACCUAUUCGAGGCAGUUCAAGUGUACACUGUUAAAGGUCAGAACAAAUACCUUAUGAUUGUCGAGGCAAUUGGAUCGCAAGGGCGGUACUUCCGUUCAUUCACCUCCAACAGUCUCGGCGGUUCGUGGACACCACAGACAACAAGCGAGAGCAAUCCCUUUGCUGGAAAAUCCAACAGCGGUGCAACCUGGACCAACGAUAUCAGUCACGGCGAUUUGAUUCGAACCAACCCUGACCAAUCAAUGACCGUCGAUCCAUGCAACCUGCAGCUCCUCUACCAGGGACUAGACCCCAACGCCAGUGGUGACUACAAUGCCCUGCCGUGGAGGCCUGCCGUGCUCACUCUGAAACGCUAA